AUGCUCAUCAAGCUGUCAGGAGGAGCUCUUAUGGGCAUCGAGUGGGCUUUAAUCGGCAUAGCUUUCCUCCUGGGCCUCGCUCGCCUCGAUUUACGCUUUCAUCAUCACCAAUCAGGUUUCAUCCUUAGGGAUAUAUUCUACUUUUCCGCUCUUGCCGUCGGACUUGUCAAUACUUCCAUUGACACCGCCUUAUGGACCAGCGGAAUUGAACUGUAUGAGGAAACCAAUGAUACAUGGAGCGGCCCAGAGGAUUUGAUGGUCCGGGCUCUCAAAGUGGGUGCCCAGCAGCUUAACGAUUGA